CCUUAUCUCUAAGUAACCCUCAACGAGGAUUGAGGAGGGCAGGGAGCAGACUUUCCCCUCCCAGAAGAGCUCCGUGGAGGAAUGCCAUGGCUUCAGGUAGCCAGGAACAAGUCAGUGUCCAGGAUGAGGCCGUGGAGGAAAGCCAGUUUAAGACAUGCAGACAGAUUGCCUUCUACAGGAGGCAGAAACAUUUGCGUCCUGGGAAGCCCUUAUACCGGAUCUUGCUGGACACAGUGGAAUUAUCCAACAGCAAUGUCAAAUUCCAAAUUAUCAGUGAAGAAUACAAGGAUCCCCUUUUAGUAGAAGUUUAUGAAAUAGAAGGCAAAAUUUUCAGACUUAAAAUUAAUGAAAUAACACCCCUUAAACCAAGAUAUGAAGUCCCUGAUGUUCUUAUAAAGGAACCAUCCAGCCUCAGGCUAACUAUAUUAGAGAAAGAUGCAGACAAGCUUGUGUUGGCUUGUGCUAGUGAAGACCAACAGCUCCACAUAACAGCAAAUCCUUUCCAGAUACAACUUGUUUCUAAAGGUGAAAUGGUUCUGAGCAUCAACUCAAAUGACCUAUUGUAUUUUGAGCAGUUACAGCCACCACCCCAAACCAGGACAUCUACAUUGCAAGAAAAGAAAGAUGGAUCCACAAAUUCUUCUAAGAAGGAUCAGGAUGACCUAGGUCUCUGGGAAGAGAAAUUUGGCAACUUUUUAGACAUCAAAGCAAAUGGUCCCAGCAGCAUAGGUUUAGAUUUUUCUUUACAUGGAUUUCAGCAUGUCUAUGGAAUACCUCAGCAUGCAGAAACACUUCUCCUUAAAAAUACCAGCAAUGAGGAUGUGUACCGACUUUACAACCUGGAUGUCUUUGGAUACAGGAUCCACAGUAAAAUGGGUAUUUAUGGUUCAGUACCCUUGCUCUUAGCACACAAACCUGGCAGAACCAUUGGGGUGUUUUGGCUGAAUUCCUCUGAAACUUUAGUAGAGAUUACGACUAAAGCCGCAGUGAAGGUUUUGCCAGAUGUCUCAAAGCGAAGGGCGUUGCCUCAAACCGAUGUGUGCUGGAUGUCAGAAAGUGGAAUAAUAGAUACUUUCAUCCUAAUGGGGCCCAGCCCUUUUGAUAUUUUUAAGCAGUAUGCACAGUUGACAGGUACUCAAGCCCUGCCUCCACUUUUCUCCCUUGGUUACCAUCAGUGCCGUUGGAACUAUGUAGAUGAGAAAGAUGUAGAAGGGGUUGAUACAGGUUUUGAUGUAUUCAACAUCCCCUACGAUGUUAUGUGGCUAGACAUUGAGCAUACUGAUGGAAAGCGGUACUUCACGUGGGAUAAGGAGACAUUUGGCAACCCUAUGAGGAUGCAAAAAAAUAUACUCAUGGAAAAAAAACGCAAGCUUGUUGUCAUUCUGGACCCGCAUAUUAAAGUCGAUCCUUUGUACACCAUAUACUCACAAGCAAAAGAGAGAGGAUAUUUUGUAAAAGACCGUAAAGGUGGGGAUUUUGAAGGCAUCUGUUGGCCAGGUUCCUCUUCUUACUUGGAUUUCACCAAUCCUAAAGUCAGAGACUGGUAUGCAGAGCAGUUUGCAUUCAAAACAUAUAAGGGUUCCACUGAAAUCCUCUUUGCUUGGAACGAUAUGAAUGAGCCUUCGGUCUUCAGAGGGGCGGAACUCACCAUGCAGAAGGAUGCUGUCCAUUAUGGGAAAUGGGAACAUCGAGAGGUUCAUAAUCUCUAUGGUUUUUAUCAGCAAAUGGCAACGGCAGAAGGACUGAUCAGACGGAGUGGGAAUUUGGAGAGAUCAUUUGUUCUUACACGUUCUUUUUUCGCUGGAUCACAGAGAUAUGGUGCGGUAUGGACUGGAGACAACAAAGCGGAGUGGAGCUACUUGAAAAUCUCCAUUCCUAUGUUGCUCACAAUCAGCAUUGCAGGGAUUUCUUUCUGUGGAGCGGAUGUUGGUGGAUUUAUUGGAGACCCUGAACCAGAGCUAUUUGUUCGAUGGUAUCAGGCUGGAGCACUUCAGCCUUUCUUUAGAGGCCACGCCAAUAUGCACACCAAGCGCCGUGAGCCCUGGCUGUUUGGUGAACAGAAUACACAGAUCAUCAGAGCAGCUAUCAAGGAGCGUUACUCCCUUCUUCCUUAUUUAUAUUCACUCUUCUAUCGAGCACAUACCACUGCGGAACCAGUCAUGAGACCUGUCUGGGUAGAAUUCCCCAAACAACUGGAAGCUUUUGGCAUUGAAGAUGAGUAUAUGCUUGGAAAUGCUUUGUUGGUGCAUCCAGUCACUGAACCCAAAGUCACAACAGUCAAUGUCCUUCUGCCUGGUUCAGAAGAGAUCUGGUACGACUUUCGAAAAUUUAAUUGUUUGAAAACUCAAGGCAUAUUGAAGAUUCCAGUGACCUUGAAUAGUAUUCCAGUAAUUCAGCGUGGGGGCACUAUUAUACCAUUAAAAACUUCUGUAGGAAAAUCCACAGAAUGGAUGGUAGAUGUUCCUUAUGAACUUCGUGCUGCUCUGGAUAGUAAGGAGUCUGCAGCCGGGGAGCUCUAUCUGGACGAUGGACAUUCAUUUCGAUAUCUUCACGAGAAGCAGUUCUUGCUGAGGAAAUUCACCUUCCAUCAGAACACCUUCUCAUCUAGACAUGCAGAUGGAGACCCAAAGUAUCGCACAAAAUGCACAAUUGAGCAGAUACUGAUUUUGGGAAUGAAAAAGCAACCUUCUACUGUAACAGCCAGUAUUCAUGAUGGAAAAAACAAAAAAGUGGCUUUCACAUAUGAUGCCAAGAACUCGGUGUUGACCCUUCAAAAGCUUUCAUUAAAUGUUGGCAAAGACUGGGAGCUGCAUAUCCAGUGAGAUGGCAACUUCAGAAAAGUGAAUGAAAAACUCCAAAAGAAUGGUUUGGGAGAGUUAAGCUCAGUCUUCUAAAAUGGACUUUUUCAAACAGAUACAACAAUGAACUUUUUCAUCAGCUAGACAAUUACUGUUUCUAUUAAGUCAAAUUCAGAAUAUUUUUUCCAUGAAUGGCAAGUCACCAAUACUAUUUGCAACAGCUGUUCCGCCUAAGAUGGCUCACCUCCAAGAUUUUGCAGUUGUGCUAUCAAUAUUGUUUUUCUGGUUUCUAAGCAACAGUGUCUGGAAUUAGCCUUGGAUUCUUGCUUCCAUGAAGUGCCUCCUGUUCUAGUUCUUCUGCUUUUCUGCAUUAUGAUACCCCCUCUUACUCUUCUGUGGAAUCAAUGUUUCAGAAAAAAUUAAGACUCAUUGCCAACUCCAUCAAUCUACAUCAACAUAAUAUGGAUUAUUUUUAUACUUCACAUUUAGUACACAAAUCCUGCUCCAGAACAAAAAUGAAGUUUUUUAACAUAAACUAUGAAGAUUUGGUGGAAAUUAUUCAUGUGUAGAAUCUGACCUAUAGAAUUUGCACUUUUGCAAAUGAUGAACUUCCAUUACUGCAACAGACUAAAGAAAUAAUGUCAUGAAUUUGCAACCAUUAGGAUCGGAAGGGUAGAGAGAGAUUAUUUAAAAGAUUAUUUAAAUAUUCAUCCGUUUCAAACUUUUUAAAAUGACCAUUCUUCCACAGCUCAAGAUUUAUUAUGUUGUUUGCUGCAGACAUGCUGCUGCAUCCUAUAUUUCAGGCCUGUUUUCCUCCAGUCUUCCCUCAACAUCUUCCUAAUUCUGAUGCUGCUAGAUACGAGGAAAAGAGAAGUACAAGAGUAACCGAGCUGGCAUGAAAAUACUUUGUGAAAAGGAACUUCUUUUUCUCAGGCUUUGCCUGUAGAUCAAAACAGACAAUCCUUUGUUUCGUAACAUAUCCAUCCAUUCAUAUCUCAUCUUUCUUAUGGACUCCCAAUAAAGUGGGUUACAAAAAGACAAAAAAUAGAAUAAAA